AUGGCAUCUUCCACAAAACGGGAUGAUCUCAUCGCGCUGGCGCGUGAGCUAUCCGGCGUGCCGAUGUGUGACGAUUACGAGAAGAUGAUAUCUGGCAUGCUAUACAACCCGCUAUUGCCGCGCUUAGAGGAGGCGCGGCAUCAGUGUCGCAUCCUGACGGCAGACUACAACAACGUAGACGCACGGAGUGUCUCGUAUGAGCAGAUCCGAGAUGUCCGCUUUGAUCUGCUGCAGAAGCUGGUGGGCCGUGUCGGCGAGGGAACGUUUGUGGAGCCGCCAUUUCGCCCAGACUAUGGGUGUAAUGUGGUGAUCGGGAAGGACUGCUUUAUAAACUGGAACCUAACCAUUCUUGAUACAUCGCUGGUGAUCAUCGGGGACCGAGUCCAAAUGGGCCCCAAUGUAGGCAUCUUUACAGCAGGCCACGAGACGAGUAUCUUGUCUCGGCGCAAGUUUGUCGAGUUCGGCCAUUGUAUUAAGAUUGGGGAUGAUUGCUGGAUUGGGGGCAAUGUGGUAAUUCUGCCAGGGGUGACUAUCGGCGAGGGAUGCACCAUUGGCGCUGGAUCGGUUGUGACAAAAGAUAUUCCGGCCUUUUCAGUGGCCGUGGGGGCUCCCUGCAAAGUUCUCAAGACGAUUCAAUCCGCAGAAGAGGAAGAGCAGGACCCGGCAAACCCGUACCGGGCGAUGGUGAGGGAGCUGUAA